UCCCAGCCCUGAAUAAUCCCUAAUACGAUCGAUCCCCAUGGAUUCGCACAAGCGCCGCCCCGCCGACGACGGCGACCGGCUGAGCGAGCUGCCAGACUGCCUGCUGCUGGACAUCCUGUCGCGCGUGGGGUCCCGGCUGGCCGUGCAGACGAGCGCGCUCUCCCGCCGGUGGCGCCACCUCUGGCGCGACGUCCCCUGCGCCGACGUCGACGAGCGCGACUUCUCCUCCUCCGGCGGCGGCGGAGAGUUCUUCGACUCGUUCGAAUACAGCGGCGUCAGCCAGGAGCAGCGGCAGCGGUGCUCCCGCUUCGAGGACUUCGCCGACCACGUCCUCUCGCCGUCGACGUCGCCGCUGUCCCAGCACCGCCGGCUCGACGCCUUCCGCCUGCGCAUCGAGAGCCGCUGCGCCUACGCCAUCACCGAUCGCUGGGUCCGCCGCGGGCUCGCCCGCUCCCCGGCCGCCGUCGCCAUCCACGGGCCCUAUGGCUCCGCCGUCCGCUGGAUCAGCCCACCCCCAUCGUCGUCUUCCUCCUUGGCCCGCCUCACCAAGCUGCAUCUCGUCGGGGUCACCAUAAUGCCCGGCGCCUUCGUCUCCCCGGGCCAGGGCCACCUGCUGGGCUGCCCGGCCCUCGAGGACCUCCACAUGGAGCGCUGCUACGCCUACGGCUUCCACGCCAUAUCCUCGCCCACGCUCAGGAGGCUCGCCGUCGUCUGCACUCGCACCGGGGGCCGCGUCGCCGGCGCCGAUCUGCCCCGCCUUGAGUGCCUGCGGCUCGACCUGGUCUGCGACGGGCAGCCCGCGUCCGCCCCGCAGGAGAACCAGCCGCCGCUGCCGUCGCUCGUCGAGGCCUCGAUCCGGGUCACCGAGUUGGACUACCAGAUCGUCCGCAAUAAGCGAGCAAUGAAGAAGAACAGGCUCGAGUUCUUCAAGUCCACGUGCGGCCUCCUCGCUCGGUUCCCCAACGUCGUCUCCCUUGAUCUCUCUGGCUUCACCACCACGGCAUUGCUAGAAGAGGAAUCCCAAGAAUUCCCAAUGCUGAAUCACCUGAGAGCCUUGCGUCUCGACGGUUGCGAGCUUGGAUUCAACUUCCACGCCCUAACCAGCAUCCUUCGGAACACCCCUAAUUUGGAGACACUCAGACUGCACCGAUGCAAGUUUCUAGGCCUGACACCCAAGAGGAAGACACCUUCCAAACGUCGUGGGUCAACAACUACAACUCUUCAGUGCAACAACCUGAAAUUGAUAGAGAUCAAGAGUCUGCAGGAUGAUGCGCCUCAAAUCCUUCGACUUCUAUCGGAGGAUUCCAAGGGAAUGCCGAUGGCCCGGUGGCGGCGAGUCGACAGAGUGAGCGAUGUGGCGGGCUUGGUGACGGCACAACUUCAUAGAACGGAGAAAGGGACAACAAUGGUGCAGAGUUACUUCCAACUAUUCAAUUUUGAAUAAUGUUAAUGUAUUGUUUUUACUCUAUAUAUUGAUUUAUAUCCCCUUUUAUACUCUCCAACUAGCAAUUCAUGUUGAAAGAAAAUU